AAAAACUUUUUAAAGGCCGCGUUUGGUCCCGAAAAAUGACAAGCAGCGUUUAAAAAACAGUCACAGGACCUCAAAGUUAAUUAACUCGUUUACUGUUAAUGGCAACAAUGGCGAGGGAGCUGAAAUUAAAUGGGAUUGAACUUCUGGAAGUUGACAUAUGCGACGGCGGGGUGGGCUCCGAGGACGAGAGCGGCGUUUACGUGAACUCCGCCGCCUCCCUCCAGGAUGAGUUCUCCGGCUUCCAGCAGUGGACGAGCCCCGCCGAGUCACGGAGUGACACAUCAUCAUCUCCGGGACAGCAGGAGCUUCGCGGCGGGCACGGAGCUCCGCCUGGCACCGCUGCUGCCACCCAAAGGACCAACGCGGCCGGUGAUAGCGACUCUGAGUCUCUGGGAAAUGGGCUGAGGGCUCCGCGGACCUCCAUCGUGGACUGUCUGCUGGUGGAGCUCUAUGAAACCUGCAGCAGGAGACACGCCGACAGCUGGGACAGCUCCACGGAGGCAUCUGGCUCGGAUGCCUUCCUGGGCCGCAGUAACUCUGGGUCCAGCUUCCUCCAGGAGCUCCAGGAGAAACACACCAGGAGGCACCAGAUGAACUACCUGGCCCAGAAAGCCCCGGAGGAGCUUCGUUCAAUCAUCCAGGAGGUGAAAUAUCGCACAGGCCUGCAGUCGGCCAAACUGAUCCGGCAGCUGAAGAGACGAGACAGACUUUGCCACAAACUGCAGAAGAACUACGACAUCGUCACAGCGUGCCUUCAGGCCGUCUCACAGAAACGACGAGUUGACACAAGGCUCAAGUUUACGAUUGAACCGUCGCUGGGAAAGAACGGAUUCCAGCAGUGGUAUGAUGCCCUCAAAGCUGUGGCCAGGCUUCCUACUGGGAUACCAAAGGAGUGGAGGAAGAGGGUUUGGCUAACGCUAGCAGACCAGUACCUCCACAGCAUCUCCAUCGACUGGGAGAAGACUCUUCGUUUCGCCUUUAACGAGCGCAGCAACCCAGACGAUGACUCCCUCGGCAUCCAGAUCGUCAAGGAUCUGCACAGGACAGGCUGCAGCUCUUAUUGUGGCCAGGAGGGCGAGCAGGACCGGGUGGUGCUGAAGAGGGUGCUGCUGGCAUACGCCCGCUGGAAUAAAGCUGUGGGUUACUGCCAGGGAUUCAACGUACUGGCUGCUCUUAUUCUGGAGGUUACAGAAGGAAAUGAGAGCGAUGCACUGAAGGUGAUGAUCUACCUGAUUGACAAAGUGCUGCCCGACAGUUAUUUUGCCAACAACUUGCGUGCGUUGUCAGUGGACAUGGCGGUGUUCAGAGAUCUGCUGCGUCUAAAGCUGCCCAGACUGUCCCAGCACCUCCACCACCUUCAGAAAGCAGCAAACCGAGAAGCUGGAGGCAGCUAUGAGCCUCCGCUGACCAACGUUUUCACUAUGCAGUGGUUUCUAACUAUGUUCGCUACCUGCUUGCCGGCUCCCACUGUGCUCAAGAUCUGGGACUCGGUUUUCUUCGAGGGAUCAGAGGUGCUGUUUCGGGUCGCCCUCGCCAUCUGGGAGAGACUGGGGGAGAGGAUUGAAUACUGUCAGACAGCUGAUGAGUUUUACAGCACCAUGGGAUGCCUCACUCAGGAGAUGCUGGAGGACAACCUCAUCGAUCCUGCUGAACUCAUGCAGGAGGUGUACUGCAUGGCGGUGUUUCCCUUCCCUCAGCUGGCCGAGCUGAGAGAGAAAUACACCUACAACAUCACUCCAUUCCCUACCUCAGUGAAAUCCAACGGAAGUGGUGGUCUGGGCAGCUGGGACAGCGAUGACGACGCCGACAUGGAUGACGAAGAUUCGGUGGUGACGGCGCUCGGCUGUCUGGGGCCCCUGGGUGGCCUGCUGGCCCCGGAGCUGCAGAGAUACCAAAAGCAUCUGAAAGACCAGCGAGCCGAGCAGGGGAACAUCGCAGAGAUGAGCCCAGGAGCAGUGGGAGCUGGAGGGGCUGGAGGAGGAGGAGGAGGAGGAGCUGGAGGAGCGAGAGCCGAGCAUCAGGCUGCCAUCAACAGCAUGAUGAUGGAGAGGAUGAGCACCGACAUCUACGCCCUGAAGAAGCAGUACGCCCGGAUCAAGAGGCGGCAGCAGCAGCAGGCUAUGCAACUCUACAUACGCACAGACAAAUGUCCUGCCACCCGAGUCCUGGCCUCCCAGCUCAACCCUUCCAGUUCAGUGAUCAACCACCUCCUCCUGGGCCGGAAACCCCGCGGAGCUCCCCGAGGCUGCACCUCCACGCUGCCGGGGUCCCGACCUCCUUCCCUCUCCCAGGGCCAGAGCUCCCCAGGCAGGCAGCGCUGCGGCUCGCUGCCCUCCACCAGCACCGGAUCUCCAGGGAGCUCGGCGGGAGGCGCCGGGUCACCUUGGCGAGCUCACGUCCGGCAGCAUCGCAGGAACAUCGCCAGGGCUCGAGCACAGCUGGGCUUUGGAGAUUCAGAGGAAAGGGAGGAUGAGGAGGAAGAAUCAGUGAAAGUGGAGGAUGAAAAGGAGAGGAAGGAUGAGGGGAAUAAGAAAGACGAUGAGCAGAAGGAGUGGAGCGACGACUCGGUGCCGCCAUCUCCUGAUUCCUCCGGUGCAGGGUCAGCAAGUGAAGAACCUCCACAGGGUUCAGAUGUGAUAAAAGAAGCAGAGGUGGCUGAGGUGGUGGUGCAGCUGGACUCUCUGAAUCUAGAAUCAAACAAAGAACACGCAUCAGCCGAGUCCAAACCUGAAGUCCAAGUCCCUCUUCUCCCUCCACCUCCCCCAUCAGGCCGACACAAAGAGUCCGACUCCUCAGGUUCAGAUAGAAACUCUGACAGACACUUUCCCUCCAUCGCUCCUCCUCACCACUCCUCCAACCCUUCAUCCUCACCCUCCACUCUAUCCACAUCUCCUGUUCCUACAUCUUCUUCUCCUCCCGCAACCUCCACCCUAAACUCCACAUCCCGCCUCCCAUCUUCCUCAUCAGCCAACGGUUUAUCAACUCUCUCCACUCCUUCCUCCUCCACCUUCUACAAGACAUGCUCCCCCUCCACUCCUUCUCUCUCUUCUGUCUCCUCAUCUAAAUCUCACAUCUCCUUGUCGCCGUCCACCCCGGCGUUCUCAUCUUCCACUACCUCCACCCCCAAACAGCAGAUCUACAACCCUUUUCCUUCUGUGAAACAGCCGAGGAAAUCGGCGGCGGCCAGAAACCUCGGCCUCUACGGUCCCACGUCCAGAACGCCGACCGUCCACUUCCCUCAGCUCAGCCGCAACCUCAACCGGAGCAGCGCCGCCGGGACGACGGGGAGCCGAUGAAAAGCCGGACGCUGCGAUCAUUCUACAACCGCACCACGAUGCCUCCUUGAGAAUACACCCCACAUCGAAUCUGAGUGAAAGCUUGUGGCUCACCUGAUGGAGUAAAGAAAUCCAUGAGCCAUCACAGACAGACAUGUUAGAAGUAGCAGACUGUUAAGUGUGAGGGAAAUUAUUUGUUUGCUUUGGCUGCAUCGGUCCUCUAUAUGGGAGGAGUUUGGGCCAGAAUCAAGCCCUUUACAGUGACCUAUGCAGGUUAUCUCGACCGUAACAGAUACAUCAUAUACAUUAAAAAAAGGAAAUACAAUUAGUGACGUUAACUACAUCUUUUUAGUAGCACUACAGAGGAUUCUCCAGGACAAAUGUGCCCUGCUGGACUUUCACGGAUCACAUUUACCAACAUAAUGAAGUAUCUUUUCCUCUCAGUUUGCACAAUAGCCAUCCAGUUGUUUCUAAGCCAAGUAUUUAAAAAAAAUAAAACUAUCGACAUGUAAUUUCUGUAAGCGAAGAGUCAAAAACUGUGUUUGUGCUCAAGCACCUUCUCAAUCUCAAUGAUGUCCUGAAGCACUUCUAAUCGUAAAACCAUUCUGUGUGUGUGCCACCUGUCCAACACAAGGAAUGUAAUCAUCUGAGACCAGCUCGGUUGUUUGUUCUGACUGUCGGGGUGUGAAUACUGUGUAAAUGAAAUGUGGUGAAACUAAAUAUAAAGCAAGGUUUUCACUCUCA